UGAUACAACAGGCUAUUCGCCUUAUGAACUAAUGUUUGGUAGGCAGCCCAGACUGCCAAUUGAUCUUGUCCUGGGAAUCCACCCUGAUAUGGGGAAUCACAAGACCCACUCAGCGUAUGUUAAGGGCCUUCGUCAACGCCUUCAAGAGAGCUACUCUUUAGCUGCGAAAAACUUCCAGAAGAUGGGAGGGAAGAACAAGGCUAGGUUUGACAAAAAGGUCAAGGCAGCUGAACUCUUGGAGGGGGAUAGGGUCUUAGUGAGGAACGUGAAUAUCAGGGGGAAACACAAGCUAGCAGAUAGGUGGGAACAGGAAAUCCAUGUUGUUGUCAGACGGAUUAAAGACAGUCCCGUCUAUGUAGUUAAACCUGAAGCAGGGGAGGGGCCGCAGCGCACAUUACAUAGAGAUCUUCUUCUGCCGUGCGGGUUCCUGCCUGUAACAGAGAUCAGAGAGCACAGUUCCCCCAUUGACACAUCAAAGAAGAGGAGAUUGAGGGACAAAACAACAAGAAACACACAAGAGGAUGUUGACUGUCAGGAGGACGAGUCGCGCAGUGAGGAGGAUGAACUGUAUCCUAGCGCAUGGGUGCCAGAAAUCAUCACAAGAGGUCCUUUCCUACAGAAGGAGGGAGGUUCCCAUGAGCCUCAGCCAGCUUCCAGGGUGUUAAACCCUAAUUCCCCUUCCUUUGUGCCCCAAAGCUCCUCACACUUACCUGAGAGACCUAUCCAUGAGUUUCGAUCAGAACCUCCUCUUGUCAGCUCUGAGGGCAGUGGUAUUGUCACACAUCCUACUUCACAAUGUAGAGCCCCAGACCAUGUUAUUAUUGAUAUCCCAGAACCUGAUAUGACACACAUCUCACCUGUUAGAGAGAACACAGAUCUCAUCACCACAGACCCUGUAGGUGUAGACACUGAUGAUGUGACACCAGAGAGCCUAGAGUCAGAGGCCACGAGUGUCAGGCGUUCUGUUAGGGAGAGACACCCACCUCGAAAACUCACUUAUGAUGAGCUCGGGGAGCCCUUAACCUUGGCCAUCAGUUCGUUCUUUCAGGCUUUAGGAACUGCCAUUUCACCUGUAGGGGCAGGUAUGCAUGCAGGGACUCAUGCAGUCUAGAGGGGGAGAGUGUAACCCUGUUAAAUUUAUUGCACUGUGAUUUCCAGAACCCUUUGAAUGUUUUUGAAUGCAUCGUAGUUGUUUCUCGCCAGGUAGUGAAAAUUCUGAGCUUACCUGAACGCAUCACCUGCAGCUCUCCGUGUGUGCGAAAGGAGGGACAAAAAAGAAGGAGGAAAAAGGAAAAAACCUUGUGCAGCCGCAGAGCAAAGAGUCCUCUUUGCUGACUAAAUGUGAUGAUAUUUUGUGUUGAAGUGUGAUAGAACUGUCGUUAGAAACAGAGUGUGAAGCGAAACUCACCUGGUAGCACCUGGUAGAAGUGAGACUGAUCACGGGAGCAAUUCGGACGAGUGUUUCCCGAUCUUUCUGGACUAUUCUGGCUGGUCUUUUGUGAGGGACGAGUUCUUCGGUUCAAUUGUGAUUCCACACCACCGCCGCUGCCGUGGAGAGGCUCUUGGUUCAACUGCAACCCGCAUCACCGCCAUGCUGCAUGGAGGCUCUUGGUUCAACGGGAUCACCGUGUGGAUACCAGUGUGGUAGGACAGGCUCAGUCCUGAGGAGUGACACCCUUUUAUUUGCACUUUAGAUUCUGAGAUCUCAGUAUUUUUUUUUUUAUUCAUUUUCUCUAUUUUUUUUUACAUUUUUGCUAAGAAAACUGAUUGAUAAAGGAAAAAAAACCCUGUUUUCUCAUUGGAGGACCCUGGAAGACAAUAAAUAAACUGAGUAAACAACGGAAAACCGGGAAUAAAAAGGACAAUUUAACACAUUAAAAGGGAAAGAAACAUUUUUUUACUUUUUAUUUUUUUUGUCUUUAUUUUCUUAAUACACCGGUACCGGUCAGGUAAUUUUCAGUUCAUACUGUGAAUUUAAUUUCAUUUAAUGUGGAAAAAAAACCACUCAAUGUGUGGAAACUGAACGUUCUAAGUUGAAGAGAAGGAAAUUGAAUACCUGAACAUAAACGUUUAAACUGCAUUCUGUGUUACGUGUUGUGUGAGUUGGAAAUCAGUUGCUUUAAUGCUCAGUGCUACUGCCAAUCUCCUUACCCGAACCUAAUGAAUAGACAGGACCUGAUAGAACCCGAGUAGACUGAGGAAAGGUUACAAUUGGUUCAGAGAAAUACAAACAUGCCAGUGCUUUUCCCCCUUUAUCAGAAAGGUAUUCAGUGAUUCCAGACCUUUCUCUAGCACUGACACAUUGCUGUGGAGAUAGAUCUGGAUAAGUGAGACUGAAUAGUCAGAAUAAACCUUUAUUUUUCAGUUACUAAUUAUCUCAUCUCUCUUUUCUCUUCCAGGUAAGUUAACAGGGAUCUUUACAGAGCAGAGGCCUCACUGUAGGAGGAAGCCUGAGUACCUGGAGAAGACUGCAUAGAAGGGCUCCCCCAUCUCGGGUUCAAACCAGGAACCAUCUUGCUGUGAGGCGACAAUGCUAACCACUGCACCGCCAUGGAUCUUUUUGAGAUGCUGAUUACAGAGUGCUGUAGAGAUAAUGGGGUUUUUUUUGGUUUGUUUUCUGCUGUUUGUUGCUGAGGAGGUACUGUGUAGUGGAGAUGCAAAUGAUUUUAACCUAAAACAGUAAACUUUUGUUGGGUUUUGGCCGUUAGUUCACACGACAGUAGCGUUUUGGGGGCCUGAAAAUGCAAUCUUGUCGUGUUUGGUGGCACUAUGCAGUUCCUCUUAAAAAUGGAGACUUUUGGUGGACUCUAGAGCUCUGUUUGCGCUGCUCACUGCACCAUCACUGUGAACAGCAGAGACACAUAACUUACAUGCACCAAAUACUGAAUCUACUUACACACCAAUGAAGGGCAACCAAAAGGGGCUUUUGGUCCCGGGAGGACAAGCAAGUGGUGGGAAAACUUUGUGAAUGGCGUUGUGGAAGAGAAUGAAUAGAAAGAAACUUUCAUGUGUCUAAAGCCUCCCUCGUUGCCCUGAGCAAAGAACUUUGUCCUCACAUCGAGGGGGAGAGGAUGCACAUAAGAUCACCGCUUGGAGUCCUAAAAAAGAUGGGGUGCACAUUAUAUUAUUAAGUGAUGAUCUACGAUAAACUGCUAAUGCCUUUGGGUUGUCAUGGCCGACUGUGUCUGUUAUUGUCAGACAAACAUGCAAAGCCAUCUCUAUUCACUUUGGUCCCACAUACUGUACAUUCAGCUGCCUUUCGCUGUGCCCCAGGCCAAAGCACUAGUUACUGCAUUUCAACAUGCUCAUGGUAUGCUUCAGUGUUUGAAGCCAUAGACUGGACCUCAGAAAUCUGAUCUCUGCAGCUGGGAGUGAUGACUGGUGAAAAUGAACCAAAUGGUGAUGAGCUGAAAGAUGUUGAAAGGUUCAGUAGAGUUGAACUGUUGGGUUCAGUAAUUCCAUUCACAUCACAAAUAGUCAUUUGAUCCAUUGUGUAUAUGAACACUGGAGCUUUAAAGAUAAAUAUGAUCAAGACUGAUAAAAAAUUUGAAGACAUUAGGGUUAGCCAUGUUAGACAUGGAUUACCACUUUAAGCACUGGCAGUCCAUGUCUCAGUGUGAACCUCCAAGGAGGGUAUCAAAGCAUCACAUGAGGAUUAUUUCAAAACCAGUGAUCAUCUUGACCUGUACAGGACAGCUACAGACACAGCUCUCGCUCUAACACACCUGAAAGUGAAUUAUCUCCUUUGGAAGCCAUUGGCUCUAAUUAGACCCUGUAUUUAAUUUAACACAGCAUGGAUGAAACAGCUACUUAUCACCACCUCCUCUUAUUCCAAAGCCAGAACACAGGUGCUGCUCUACUUACACAGUAUUCCCCUGACAGGUAAUUACUAGACUACAGGGAUUUGGAAAGGGUGGCAGUGCCUUCAGGGAAAACCUUUUUUUUUUGUUUUGUUCAUAUCCCCUUUGCAUCUACCUUCUCAUCUACCUGCUUUACUUCUUAUUUUCAUCCUUUCGUCCUACUGUUCUCCCUCUCCAUUUCCUUCUUUUCCCCCCCUUUCUUUAUCCUCCUCCUCUCAACAACAUCAGGCCUGUUUGAUCUUCAGCACUGAAAACCAGCAGCUACUACUGUGCCAUCAAAAGCAUCUCUAUGGUUGCUAUGGUUAUUCACUUAGAUACAAUUACUAUAGCAACACUGUUUCUGGAGGCCUGGGAGGAAGUGGCUCAGUAGGAGUCCAGGUGGAGACACACAAAACGCGUACACUACAUUGAAUAUGCACGGGACAGUUUCCUGUUGGUGUGCCACUGAGAAUAUAACAUGGAAUGCAGUCUUUCCUCUCUAGAUACAAUCAGUGGGCACAGGUUUUGGUUUGGUCUCUGGAUACAUAAGAUGAUACCAAACCUGGCAACCUCACUGUGAUGACAAAACUCCAGGGGCCUCAUUUCUAACCAUGGCAUACAAAUGAAGCUGUCCUUGAAAGAUGCCUAAGCCACUUCUCAUGACAAAGAUUAAAUUUGUAAAAAAAAAAAAAAAACAGCAUUGGAGACUAAACAUAUGCAUAUUGCAGGGAAAUGUAACAUCUUGACAAUGCCCUCAAAUUCAUUGUUUUUAAUGUAGAGGCAUAGUUGUGAUCGAAUGCCAGAGCGCCAUGGUGCACAUGCGUUUCCGAGUUCCUAUUUUCUUAUGCUCUCCUAUUCUCUUCCACAGAAUUAUCGGCCCAUUUCUAAGCUGCCUUUCCUAUCCAAAGUUCUUGAAGAGGUGGUGCUAAUUCAAUUCUUAAUUGUGUUAAACAAUAUUACCAUCUUAGAUGCAUUUCAAGCUGGAUUUCGAAACAACAUAGCACUGAAACUGCUUUCCUAAGGGUCACUAACAAUUUACUGAUGGGUGCUGAUGCUGGGGAAUGUUCUAUUUUAUUGCUUCUUGACGUCAGUGCUGCGUUUGACACUGUCGAUCAUAACAUUCUCAUCAAUAGACUAAAUCAAUGUGUAGGUAUAUCUGGAACUGCUCUUUAAAGGGAUAGUGCACCCAAAAAUGAAAAUUCAGCCAUUAUCUACUCACCCAUAUACCGAUGCCCUGGUGAAGUUUUAGAGUCCUCACAUCCCUUGCGGAGAUCAGCGGGGGCAGCGGCUAGCACACCUAAUGGCUGACUGCGCCCCAGACUAACAUCCAAGAACACAAAAUUGAAACCACAAAAUAUCUCCAACAUGCUCAUCCCUAGUGAUCCAAGUGUCGUGAAGCCCCGACAUAAAAAGUUGUUUCGAAAAACGUCAUUUGAACUUUGUUUUUAGCCUCACUGUAGCCUGUAGCUCUGACUGCUUCUCUGUGCUCCGCGCUGUUUUUUACUCAUAGACAGCCCCUGGAAUACAGAAUGCACUCCCAGUUUGAAAGGCCAGUGGUCUCUGUCAUGUAUCUGUGCGGCCAUGGUGCUACAAACUUUGAGGGCCUUUUUGCUACAAACACAAAAACAAUACUGACAUCAUUAGAAAGCUAAGACUAUAUCCAGUAGUGUAUAACACUCAAAAUUAUGAGUCAGUGUGAUGGAUAAUGAUAAUGAAAAUGAUAAUGAUAAUGAUAGUCACUUCUUGAUUAUAUGUCAGAUAAGUUACAAUUUUGUUAACAAUACUUCAGAAAACACUACUAUGAGCAGACUGUGAACCACAUUAGCUCAGAAUGACUUAGUACUGUCUUUGCUGCCAAUGCAGUGUUCCUAUUUGCAACCCUCUUCAUCAUUUUUUUUUUUUUAAAUAUCAGUUACAGAUGGGUAUCCUUAUCAUCGCCAUCCCUUUUCUAUUCUCUGAGAUUGAUCAAUACAUGGCUGAUCUGACCCUGCGUCAUCAGUCACAGCUGCCUAGUUGUCAGAACGAGAGGCUGGUUCAGAUGUAACAUCGUCAUGCUAUGGAUCAGCCUGUUAGCCCAAUCAAUCCCUCAUCAGCGCUUUUUUUAGCCUCAGCCCUGUCCAGGUCAUUAACAGCUGCCAAUAGCCUCAUUAGACCCUGCAGCUGAUAGUGUUAUUCUCUGUCUCAUUCACUCUCUUGUGAUGGACAGUAUACUGUAUGUACAUAUGGUUUAAAUUACUACCUCGUUGAGAAUUUCAGCUUUAUGUAGAAUUGUUGUAACAUUUGUAAAAAUACAAAUAAAAGUUGGUCGAUCAGAGUGAGAACAGAGUCAAAUAUUUUUAUAUGUGAGCCUUUUCAUUUUAUUUUCUUGUUUUUUUAACAAGGGAAAAAGCACAGGACAUUGCUUCAUAUGUAAAAUACAAAUCAGAUGCAAUGCAUACAGGUUUUUAGCCAUAGCUGAUUUACAACCUCUGACCCUGGUUAGGCUUUUAGAAUUAAAACAGUAAGUGUAAGAUUACUGAGCAGGGAGUAAUUCAAUGCAAUAAUACAAUACAACACAACAUAUACAAUAAAAUAUGGGCGAAGACUAAGUCAAAGAGGAGACCACAAUAAGAACAGAGACAAAAGAAAACACUUAAAGAGUAUGUUAUUUAGGUAUGAGGUCUGCAUGUGUUUGUGUGUAUGUGUACAUGCCACACGUAUG